CCGUGGUGAGACGUGCCUGGGGAACAGCAGAGAGACAAUGUGGUUCUGCUGGGACUGGAGCAGGGAGUGUGGGCUUCACGGCAGAGGCUGGGUGGGCCCCACAGUGCUGCUCUGUAUCUAUGGCUUCUGCUCAAUGAUGAGACCCUCUGAGCCUUUCCUCACAGACUACCUCACCGGGCCAUACAAGAACCUCACCACCAAACAGGUAUGGCACAUUAAUUGUUUAUUCAUUUAACCUUGAUUUAGCUAGAGAAGUCAUAUCAAAAAUGUAGCUCAGCUGGUAGAGCACGGCGCUUGUAACGCCAAGGUAGUGGGUUCGAUCCCCGGGACCACCCAUACACAAAAAAAAUUAUGCACGCACGACUGUAAGUCGCUUUGGAUAAAAGCGUCUGCUAAAUGGCUUAUUAUUAUAUUAUAUUAUAUAACGGCAAAUGCUUUUAUGUGAAUGUAUUGUUGUAUGAUUUAUCCUGCCAUUUUCCUGAUCUUCCCACAGGUUACAAAGCAGGUGUUCCCAAUAUGGGCGUAUUCCAACCUCUUCCUACUCAUCCCAACCUUCCUGGUGACAGACAUUCUGAGGUACAAGCCUGUCAUUGUCCUCCAGGCACUCAACUACAUCUUGGCAUUUCUGCUGUUCAUCUUCAGCUCUGGCGUGGUGUUGACUCAGUUCGCCCUCUUCAUCUACAGUAUGGGCACCGCGGCAGACGUGGCCUACUAUUCCUAUAUCUACAGUGUUGUCCACCCCCAGUAUUACCAGAGAGUAACUAGCUAUGCCAGAGGGGCUGUGCUACUGGGCUACGCAGCAGGAGCCAUGUUGGGUCAACUCCUGGUGUCCCUGGGAGGGGUUUCCAUCUACUGGCUCAAUGUCAUUACACUGGGAUCCCUCUGUGUGGCGCUGUUGGCUGCCCUCCUCCUGCCCAUGCCCCAGGGAAGCCUGGUCCUGGGGGGGACUCAGACUAAUAUCGGCCCAUUCGAGGAGGUUGUGUCCAGUUCAUGUGGAUCCUGGGUUGUGUGGUGGCUGAGGAGGGGGAGGAUGGCCGGGAGGGGGAAAAUGAGAGCUCUGAAGAGGUUGGCGGUGGAUUGUAAAGAGUGUUACUCCUCUGUGGCUGUGCUGUUCUUCUGUGUGUGGUCAGCCAUGGGGAAGUGUGGCUACCACCAGAUCACAGGCUACGUGCAGAUCCUCUGGGCAAUCAAACAGCCCCAGUACAACUUCACAGAAUACAAUGGAGGGGUGGAGGCUGUCGCCACACUCUCAGGUAACAUAACUAUUCUCUAUAACACCCUCUCCACAUGACUCUUGGUAACGCGCUGGAGUUAAACCCCAUAUUUCACUCUCCUAACAAAUGUUGUUUUAACAUUGAACUUCAAGUGUACUGCGUAUCAUCAACUAUUACACUUUCUACCCCUUUUAAGGCGAUCCAGGACUACACGUAUAUUCCAUGACUGUUGAAUGUAUUUACUAUUCAAUAUUUGUGUGUUAAACCCUAACAGCAUUAAAGACAUAGCUGUAAAGAUGGUCACCGGCAAUAGCCACUAAACUACCACUAUUUUCUAACACCCAGUAAACACAGCAUUAAUUACACUGGCUAAUUACCUCUGCUGUCUAUUGUAUCCAGAUGGCUCAGACCAGCUGGAACACGUCACAGACAGGCUUUCCUUUGGAUUUUUAGCUCUGAAACAUUCCCCUAUAUCCCUGGAAACCACAGGCAAUUACUGUGUUUAAAUUACAUCCUGCUUCAUAUCUCCACUUUAUAAAUUAUUCUGGUUGACAUGCAAUCACAGUUUCUAUAUCUUUGACUAAGUAAAUUCAAAUGUUUUGUUUAAAGGCCCAAUGCAGUCAAAAAUGUGAUUUUUCUGUGUUGUAUAUACAUUUCCACACUAUGGGGUUGAAAUAAACUGUGAAAUUGUGAAAAUUGUGAUAAUACCUUUUAGUGUAAGAGCUGUUUGAAAAGAGAUUUGGCCUUCAUGCAGUAAAUGUUUUAAUAGUCCAAUAAGAAAGAGAGUUCCAAACCUCUCUGUCAAUAACAGCUUUACCACAAUGAACUUGGCAAUAUGAAUGUUAUUGGAAACAGAUUGGUGAAAAGCAUGAACCAAGACUGUUUUGCAUGAACAUGUAAUAUAUUCCUGCUAUCAAAAACCCUUAUCCUCUUCACAUAUGAGUUCUACACACAUUGGAGUUAUAACUACCAGUGUUAUCAGUAUAAACUCAUCCACUCCAAGCAGCACACAUUUCAUAGAACGGUCAGAGGGUUCUGUCCUCUCCAUCCAUAUUGUUUCUAUAACCUCCUGCCAGGAUCAAAAGCACGCUCUGUAAUACUAAUUACCAGGAAUGUGUCCCUGCUUAUUUCAUUUCAAUUUAUGUCAUUAUCUGACUCUCAUGGAGGGAUUACAGCCAACGCUAGGCUAUUAGCAGGUCUGUCUCAUAACCCUCUUCAGAUGGAAGGCCUCUCCUCUCCUUCUCCUUUCCUCUUUAUCCUCCUCUCCUUUUCCUCUCUUCCUCCCCUCCUCCUCUCCUUCCUCAGAAUGAGAUUAAUUCCAUUAGGCGUAGCUGUACUCUCCUCAGGCCCAGAAAUUGAUUAAAUACAGAGAGCGGUCAGCAGUUCUUAUAAACCAGCUAUUAUUGAUCUGCCAAGGCGGGAUGGGCCAAUUAAUAUAGGUUUUAAGUGGAUUAAAACAAGCCCAAGCUAGCUAUAGUAGCCUAUAUUGCAUUAGCGUCAGAGUGAUAUGGAGAAUAUUCAGGGUCCUUUCCUGACUGGGUCUUGUCACUUUCAUUGUUACAAUUCUGACUUACAGUUUAUGUAUGGACUACUCUAUAGCCCAAAAGAAACAUGAUGAGUGGUGUAUUUGGUUAAGAACUUUUUUUCUACCAGAUUAGUGAGAAUUUAUCUACCUAUGUUCCCAGGGGCGGCAGCCUCCAUAGUUGUGGGCCAUGUGGCUCUGGACUGGUCAGUGUGGGGGGAGCUGGUCCUGGGUGUGUUGACUGCUCUGACUGCUGGAGUUCUUUACCUGAUGGACCUGACCAACAGCAUCUGGAUCUGUUACGGCUGCUAUGGACUUUUCAAAACCAUCUACAUGGAGCUCAUCACCAUGUGCACGUAAGAUAUCUUUCAACCAUAGGAAAUAUCAAGUUUAGGGACUGGGCAGUCAAUCAAUCAAUCAAUUAUUGUUUUACUGUACAAAGCAGAAUCCUGAUAGAGGUGACUCUAUGUCUAAUGAUUCCCUUUGUGUGUCUCUGUAAGGUUCCAGAUAGCCCAAGGCUUGAGCAGGGAGCGCUAUGCCCUGGUGUUUGGUGUAAACAGUUUUGUGGGCAUGGCCCUGCAGAGUCUUCUCACAGCCAUUGUAGUCAACACCAAGAGCCUGCAACUCACAAUCACCUCACAGGUACUGCAAAGAGAAUUACACUGACUACCACACACACAUACACUCACCUCACUGAAAUAAAAUCAUCUUACAAGCAAUUACUGACAGUAAUUGAAAAAGUGGUAGGUAUUGUGUAACUACUUGUACUUUCUUGCUUAUAACAUAGUAAUAACAACAGUAUGUUGUUACUUACACUGGUAGUUACUGUGUUAUAACACAUUUGUAAUGUAAUGUAGCCUAAUAAGAGUGUUCCUCUCAUCUCCUUCCCCUUGCAGUUCUUUGUCUAUGCCAGUUACUUUGCUGCUAUGGCCGUGUUGUUCCUUAUCAGAGGAGUGUAUACUCUUCUCCAGAGCCGAUUGGUAGAGCUCAUCCCAGCUGAGGGCCUAUCAGAGAGAAGAACUGACCUGCCACAAGUCUCACCUCUGGCA